AUGCCCAAGUAUCGAGGACCACAGAUUGCAAAGACAGGGACGCGCCGGGCAUUUGAGGAUCAGGACAGAGAAUAUACGCUUCAGACAGAUCUCGAAGUCUUCCAAUACGAGAGAUGGGGCGGUUGCGUUGUCGAAAUCAGAGCCAGGUUCUACGAGAAGUCGGAGGGCGACGACGAUAACGCCAAGGAAGAAGAGUGCAUGGGAUACCUCACUUGCUUCACAGUCGACAAGAGACAUGGAUUUGGAAGUCCUGCAGGCCCAACAUGGCAAAAACACCUCCUUCAGCGCCCCUCGCCAUAUCCUUACAAUCCAUUCGAGCACACCACAGACGACAACGACCCACUUGAGGACAUGCAGAAAGUCUUGCAGCUCUUGUAUACGACAGAGGGAUCUAUACGCAUGGAUGUUCAGACUCAUGAGGACAUACUGCACGGCGAUACAAUCCACUACAUCCACACGUUUCACAUGCGUGAAGACCAUUGGGGUACAGGAAUCGCCCGCGUCUGCAUGAAGAGCUUCCUCGACAUUUUAAGCUCAAUACAGAACGAGUCUUGCCUCCACGUGCCCGUGGUCCUCUCACCUGCGGGGCUCACGAACGUGUGGGAGAAAGUUGCGGAAGAGUGCAGAGCAGAUGGAGCGGAGCCGCCUAAUCUCUUAGACGUCAAGAAUAAGCUGAAGAGCGGGUACAAGAAAGACGGCUUUGAGAUAAUAUGGGCAGGACAUCCAUCCUUUCAAGAGAGAGCCAUAACGGUGAUGGGACAAAGCAUUACUCGUCGCACUGCACUGCCGCGGGAGCAAGCUUCACAGUUUGCUGAGACUAGACCAAAUCUCCCAGCCAUCCCCGUAGGUGAUGCACCCUCUGUGCCAAUGCAGCGGUCCGACGUAGAGCGGUAUCAUCUCUGGGUACCGAGAGGGAACGAAAGAAAGGUCGCUCCUGUCCCAAGUGCCGGUGCAGUACUCAGGCGAUCAAAGCGCCUUGUCAAGAAAGCAGAUCUCGCCUCUCAGAUGAGUGGGGAGCAUACGAGAGAGCCUUGGAGUGGUGGCAAGGCGAAGAGAUCUCCCCCACCGCAGACCAGUGACCCGGGCUCUUUGGAAGCGAUUCCGUAUCACCUGGAAACCAAUGCAGCAGGAGAAGCGGUGGUAGUGUACAAGCCAAACGCCAUUCAAUAUGCACAGAUGAGAAACGCAACCGGGACAGCAUUCUCGGGCGACUUCGAAGCGGCUCAGCAGACAGGACAGCUCACACUCCCCACCGGUGCUUCACAAGACACUCCGUUUCGGAUUGUCAAGCCACCGGAAUCGCAUGACCGUGCUUUGCGAGGUGGUUUGAGCAGGAGGCAAUUCAAGCGAAUGAAGCGCGCAGCACAGGCAGAGGGAAAGCGUUAA